AUGGGGAGAAGCAAGGGCGCCACCGCUCCCAAGAUUAACGGCGAGGCUCCCAGGCCAUGCCCCAGCCUGAUCCCUGACCUGCUGUCGAACAUCCACGACCGGCUGGGCUUCCUGGACCGCGUGGCCUUCGCCGCCGUCUUCGCCUCGUCCUGCGACGACGACCUGUUCAAGCCUCACGCGCCGUGGCUCGUCUUCCCCCGCAACACGCCGGAGACCGUCGAGCUCUUCACCAUCGCCGAUCAGCGCGGCGCCACCGUGCCCGCCCCGGCGCCCGCGCUGCGCGACCACGUAAUCGUCGGCUCCGCCCGCGGGUGGCUCGCGACUGCCGACGCCCGGGGCCAGAUCUACCUCGUCAACCCGGCGACCGGCGAGCAGCACGAGCUCCCGCACAUCGCCACCACGGGCGUGUUCCUGCCCAGCGCCAAGUACCACCACUUCUCCCUGGUGAUGGAGCCCUUCCUGACCAUCAGGUACGGCCACGGGCCGCCGUUCAACCACUGCUGGGUGAACACGCACACGUGGGACAACAGCCUGAUGCGCACGCAGUUCUACCGCAAGGUGGUGCUCUCGUCGUCGUCCCCGCGCCCGGGCGCCUACGAGGCGAUGCUACUUUGGAGGCGAGAACUCGGCGCCCCGGCCUUCGCCUCGGCGGAGGACCCCUCGUGGAGCCUGGCCCGCUCGCCGGAGGGCGUGGAGGACGCUAUCCACCACGACGGCCAGUUCUACUCCGUGUCCUACGCGGGCCUCGUGGAGGCGUGGGAGCGCGACGCCGGCUCCGGCGAGUACACCAGCACGGCCGUCGCGCCAAGGCUGCUGGCCGUGGAAGAACACAAGCAGGAAGACGGAGAGCCGUCGUGCCGCAAGUACCUCGCGGCAGCGCCAGGCGGGCGGCUUAUGGUGGUGAUCAAGUACUACUACUACGCCGAGCUGCAGGGCCGUCGCAGCUGGUCGUGCUCCUUCAAGGUACAUGUCUUAGGGGACGACGGGCAGUGGAAGGAGAGGACGGACGUCGGCGACCUCGCGCUGUUCGUGGGGAUGAACAACUCGCUGUGCUUGCCGACGACAGGGCGCCCGCAGAUCGAGGCCGGCUGCGUCUACUAUACCGGCGACGAGCUCGGGUCCUUGGAGGCGCGGAAGGGCUCCUUGUCGUCGCACUCGUACGGCAGUCGGGAUGGCUCUGAUCUACGGGCCGUCGGGGUGUACAGUCUCAAGGACGGCACGCUGAAGAAGAUGGAGGCGCUCGGGAAGGAGCAGCGAAGCUUCUACCCGCCGCCGGCGUGGAUCACGCCUUCCGUCCCGUGAACUGAUCCGUGCGUAUGUGUACCGA